AUGGCUGAAGAAACAAUGGAUAAUUCUAUUUUAAUAAAUGUCGACGAAAAAAUGGAACGGAAUUCUAAAAAUAUAGAAGAUAAUCUUUUUGAUGAAAUUAUUGGACACAUUGAAGAUAUUUUAAUAGAAGAUGAAUUUCAUGCUAUUCGACAAAAAUUUUUAGAUGAUUAUUGGAAUAUUUUUGAACCCGUAGAAGAAAAUAAAUUGAUUUAUACAAAUAUAUUUAAUGAAUAUAAUAAAACUGUGGAAAAUUACAUUGUUAAUUAUUUACAAAGAACUGUACCACAUUUUAAUCUAGAUACAUUUUUAAAUUAUCUAAAUAAUAAACAAAAUGAAUUGGAAGGUGAAGUUUUUGAAGUAUUAUCAACAUUUACAAAUUUUAUGGCCUUCAAAGAAAUGUUUCUUGAUUAUAGAGCUAUAAAAGAAGGAAAAGUCGAAGAUCUUAGUAAUGGAAUAUUUGUUACAUCUUUUAAACCUUCUAAUAUAAAUGACAAGGAAUCUUUUAGAUAAGAAAUUUCAUUAAUAAAACAAAUAUAUUUUUAAAUAAAUUGAAACAAAUGUUUACUAAUUUCUAUUUUUUUAUAUUUAACUGUAACUUUUUAAAAUCACUAUUUAUUCUGUUUAAUUUAUGUUUAACUUAUAAAAGUACAAAAAAAUAUGUACAUUAUAUUAAUAAUAUUCUAAAAAAUUGAGGAAUUGUUAAUAUUGAUUGGUUUGCUUUUUGAAUUUACACAGAUAUAUUUGUUGUAUCACUUAAAAUAUUAUAUUGAAAAUAAAAUAAAAAAUAUAACAUA